CAUUGGUAGCGAUGUCCCGACUUGGUGUCACUCAUGCACUAUAUCUUGGCGAUCCAUUGCUGAUGUCGCCUGGCACGGUGCAGCGCGAAGCAGUACUGUUUCGUGUGUUGGACCAUGGUUGACGGAGACUACAGAAGAGGCCGCCGCCUAUUGUCCUGAAGCGCAACACCCCCAACUCCCCUCGUCCUUCGUCCCCGCUGCGAGUCAGCUUACAAACGACGCGUCGGCCGCAAGAAUGGCAACACCAUCGCGACAGCGUCCCGUCAGCGCUACAUUCGUGCCGGGCGCCCUCGACGAUGAUUAUUACAUGCCCCCACCCAUACCGGAGCUGGUCGCUCCCAACCCCCAGAGGAUCAACCCGGAAAUGUCAAAUCAGAUCCAAGGUGGCAUGCAAAACCUGAACCUGCGUGUCACCAGUCCAACCAGUCCGCGAUCCCGCAGCUACUCCGACCUACCCAUACCGACCGAUACGCCGUACCUGUCACCGUUCCCUAAGCCCAUCAAUCCACCGCCAAACGUCCCGCCAUCAGAUGAUGAAGUCGAGACGACGUUGGAGAAUGCGCGGAAUGUCGUGCUCAACUCCAAUGAUCCCGAAAUGCAGUUAGCGUGGGCCGCAGACGCCCUGGUGUAUGUGGGAGUGUGUGCCGACAACGAGGAACGUAUAGCGGCUGCCAAGCCAAUUUCGGCGCGCCCUUCAACGCCGCGGAUCGAACACGGUCUGAAAGUGGACGCAAUGAACGUUGUCACUUUCCUAGCGGACCAGCAUCACCCCAAAGCGGAGUUCUUGAGAGGCAUGUGGCUAGAAUGGGGCCGUUUCGGACAGCGAGAAGACAAGAAGGAGGCCUUUCGGUCCUACUCGAGAGCUGCGGACCGGGGUUACGCAAGGGCAGAGUACAGGAUCGGUAUGCUCUAUGAAUCAUACAAUGACCCAAUUAAGGCGCUGCGGCACUACCACCGUGGUGUGGAUGCUGGAGAUGCUGCCUCCUGCUACCGUCUGGGGAUGAUGACCUUGCGAGGGCAGCAUGGCCAACAACUCGAUUAUGCCAAAGGCUUGGAUCUCAUCCGUAGAAGCGCAGAGGCUGCAGACGAGAACGCAGCCCAAGGCGCUUACGUGUACGGCAUGCUGCUUGCAAAGCAACUACCGCAGAUCGAGAUCCCGGACCGCAUACUUCAACCUGACGAAGCGCAAGCGAAGCUCUACAUCGAAAAGGCUGCUUACCUCAAGUUCGCAAAGGCACAGCUCAAGAUGGGCUCUGCAUACGAACUCGGAAGCCUCGGAUGUAGUUUCGACUCUGUUUUGUCCAUGCAUUACAACGCGUUAGCGUCUAAGCAAGGUGAGGCGGAGGCAGACAUGGCCCUGAGCAAAUGGUUCCUUGUUGGCUCGGAGGGACUGUUUCCAAAGAAUGAGGAGCUGGCGUACACAUAUGCUGAGCGAGCUGCAGCAAGUGGCCUAGGGACGGCAGAGUUUGCGAUGGGCUACUUCAACGAGAUCGGCAUGUUCGUACCCGUCAACCUCGACAAUGCGCUGCAAUGGUACCACAAGGCUUCGAAGCACGGCAACAAGGACGCCAGUGGUCGCAUCGAGGGAUUGGCCAAGAAGCAGGUGCUGUCAAGGAAGGAUCAUGAGAACGUUGCAAUCUCACGCAUCAAGUCCACGCAUGGGUCGCAGCACGGCCCACGACCUGAACGUCGUGAGCAGCAGCGACAGAACAUUCCGAGUCGGCUUGCACAGGACACGACCGCAGACGAGGUGAGCGACGGGUAUCGAAAUGGUGGGCUAAAGCCGACAAAUGGAAUGCGGCUGUCUGGUUCAUUUGUACAGCCUCCACUACGUGAGUCUUCAAGAACACCAUAUCCGCUUGACGACAGACCGCCCACUGUUCCACCGCUGGAGAGCAGGCCCCAGUCUGUGACGCCAUAUCCGAUGGAAGAUGGUCCGCCGAUGCAUAGUCUCACGCCACGACCGGGACCCGCCGGCGGCUUUCUCAAUGCUCAGUCAACGCCACAAAGACCUGCCAAUAGGACGGACCCGGAGAUACGGCCAAGCUCAGCUUUUCACUUCAGACAGGAUCCGCGCCCGGGCCCAAUACAGAACCUUAAUCAGCUACCCUCACAGACUAGGCCGCCCUAUGGUGGCUACCCGUCGAGUGGUACCCUUCCUUCCGGCAAACCACUGCCUCCGCAACCACAACAACGAUACGACUCGCAUGAGCCGUACAAUGGGCCAGCUCCAGCACAACGUCCUGCAGGCCACCGCAUCGCGAGCGGGCCCCCGGGCAUUCACACUUCCGCAGCUCAACAGAUGCACCCACCAGAACCGCAACGCCCACUAUUACAGCAUCACCAGCAAAGUGCACCGGCAGCGCCACCUCAGCAGCCAGCGCAACAGAAAGAUUCCAAGCCACAGCAACCAGUAGGGCCUAAGCUUGAUAUUGGCUUCAUCGCACCACUCGAAGUCCGAGCUCACAAAUACGGAUCACAGGGCGACAUCACUAACGUUACCGAACCGAGCCUAAAGCCGUCCGGUAGCAUGCCUAAUAUGACUCAGCCUACGCGAGAGCGGACGCCGGCACCAUCCCAACAACAGCAGCCAAAACCAAGUUCGAGACCGUCAAAUAGUCGAUUAUCGCUGUCGAGCAGUGAUGCGCCACGUCCUCCUCCGAAAGAGAGCACUGUGGCUCCUGCUGCGCCAGCAUCGAAGCCGGCACCAGCAACAAAGCCGACGCCAGUCUAUGCGCAUCCACCAGCACCCGCCAAGCCGGCAGGAAAGGGUCCGAAGACUUUCGACGAAAUGGGCAUUCAAGCGCAGAAGCAGGACAGUGACUGUGUGGUAAUGUAACGAAACAGGACGAAGCAUGACACUUUCGAUUGCAGUGAUGUUAUAGCGAGGCGUUUUGCGGGAUGAGACGGCAAACAUCACACAUCGCCGCUGCUCUGCAUGGCGUGGAGCAUUUGUCAUAGUGGUCGGCAAAGUCGCCAAGGACGGUGCAUCUAAAGGGCAUCGACACAGGGCUAUCGAUGCAAGCAACGCUCUGGUCAAUCUACAUACUUCCUAUCUCGCUGCCCAUUCCCCUCGUAAACUCACGCCGUUGGAUGUACAUAGUGUAAGAACAUAAGCUCCUCGGCAUGCUCCGGCCCGGCAUGCAAGGGUCCGUUAGCUCCAGGUACGUCAGACUCGCAGG